AGGGGGGCAGGGCUUCCCACCCCUAGGCCCCUGGAGUCUGGCCGGGGGGCUUCCUCUUGGCCCCGGAUAUGGGAUGGGAGGGUCAGGGGGCCAAGAAACUUUGCCAAGACAGGAAGCUCCACAUUCAGAAGCUUUAAAGAGGGACAUGUGGCAGGGGCACGAAAUCAGUGUCCGAGAUUUGGCCUGCUGAGUCCAUCCAGAGGGCCCCAUCCUCCCCGGACCCAGCUGUGGGCGUCUUGGUUCCCUCUUGCAGUGCCUGCGGAAUGAAGGCUCUUCCCCUCCUCCUCCUCCUCCCUGUCCUGGGGCUGCUGGUGUGUGGCAGGUCUCUGUGUCCGGUGGAGGAAGCCAUCAAUGAGAAGAUCCAGGACGGCACCCGCUCAAUCCUUGAGACAAUAAGGACCAUCGGCCUGAGCUGCCGAACCGUCACCUCCAGGGGUGACUUGGCCACCUGCCCCUUAGGCUUCGCCGUCACCGCCUGCACUUGUGGCUCCGCCUGCGGCUCGUGGGACGUGCGCGCCGAGACCACCUGCCACUGCCAGUGCGCGGGCAUGGACUGGACGGGGGCUCGCUGCUGUCGCGUGCAGGCCCCCGCCUGAGGUCGCCCGAGCGCGGCUCGGGCUGGGGGGCGUGGCCAGGCCUCAGCGGGGCGGGGACGGGCUUCAGAUGGGGCGGGGCUGGAAAUAAACCCUGAGAAGACGA